AUGGAUCCAACCGAUGCAAAAAGGAUUAAAUCAUUUAUUAGCGGGGCCGUCGUUAAUAUCACAGCCGGUGAACCAAAUGUAAACAUAGGUUCAAUUAGACGUGUUCUACGCAUGCUUUUUGAACUUUGUGUAAUAACGAAUCUGGAUAUGAGCUAUGUGCUCAGUCGUGUUACAUUAACUGGCGGAGGGAUGGGUAAUGUAGUUUAUGCGACAAUCGAAGAUGCUGUGAAUGCCAUUUACAGAUGUACUGACUUACGACAACAAAUUUUGGCUCAUCUAAAUCGGUAAAUGAAAAGAGAUUUAUCUCCAUUAUCACAAAUCGAAAGUACAAAUGAUUCAAUAAGUGAAUGUUCAAAAGUAACAGUUUCUCAACAACGAUUAUCCUUACCUUUAAUCAAAAAUGAAAUUCGUGAAUGUAAUGUUUGUUUAUUAGAUCAGCCAAUUAUUGAAUAUGAAGAACGUUAUAGUGAUCAAUGUGAACAUUCUCAACCUACAAUAUGUAAUACAUGUGUAUAUAAUAAUAUAAAAUUUCUUCUUGAAAAUUUAACUAAUAAUUAUAAUAAUAAUAAUAUACAUUGUCUUGAGCCUAAUUGUGAAAGUAUAUUUUAUUAUAAUUCUAUUCGUUCUAUUGUUUCUCUGAAAGAUAAUUUACAAUUAUUUGAACGAUAUGAUCGACAAAUAACACAUGAACAUCUUGAAAAAAUUCAAGAAUUUGUUUGGUGUGCAUCUAAUGAAUGUGGUUCAGGACAAUUACAUGAUAUGGGUAUACAGGCAAAUCCAAUGAUGACUUGUAUUAAAUGUAAAAAACGAACAUGUAUAUUUCAUCGUAUAAAAUGGCAUGUUACAAUGACAUGUCAACAAUAUGAUCGAUGGAAACGUUCAUCUACUGACUCUGAUACACUUACAUGGUUGAAAAAAAAUUCGAAAAAGUGUCCUAAAUGUCAUUCAUAUAUUGAGAAAAUUUCUGGAUGUGAUCAUAUGACAUGUAAAAAAUGUCAACAUGAAUUUUGUUGGGAAUGUUUUGCUGAUUAUAAAAAAAUUCAAAAAGAUGGUUUAAACAAUCAUAUGAAUAGUUGUAAUCAUUAUCGUCGUUCUAAUCAAUUGUAUACACCAGUUAAUACACAAAGAUCAUCAGCUUGUAAUAUUUCAUAA